AUGUAUACACCCGAAGUGUUCACAACGCGCAUCAUCACUGUGGUCUUACAAAACUGGAAGACCUCGAGUAUGCUCAUCAAGAAACUGUCGGACGAUAGGAUGGAUUCGGAUACCAUUGCCAAGCUCAUGGGGUCAAAAGAAAAGUCUUCGCUCAAGGUUCUGCAAGCGGCUGCCAGUAAUUGGGAUCAUGGCGUCGAGGCGGUCGAGCUUCUUAUGAACGCUCUCUACAACGCCGUAGCGAAGCACGACUCUGUACCUAAGGAGAUUGCUAGGUCUGCGGCAGCCAACUGGAAAUGUGGAUUCGACAUCUUGAAAAGUCUCAAAACAACGUACAAGAAGACGCGAACCGUGACUACCAGUGUCCUUUAA